AUGCCGCCCAAAAAGACGUGGGAAGACGAAGAGGAGACUUCCUCAGAAGAAUCUGACUCUCCAUCCCCACCUGCUGUUGCCGCUCGACGGAGGUUUGAAGACGAAGAAGACUCUGAUGAUGUAGCCGACAACUGGGAAGAAGCCGAGGACUCGGAAGUGGAACGAGAGAAGGCUAAGAAAGCAGCUGAAGCGAAAGCUAGAGCUGAAGCCGAAGCCGCUGCCAACAAGAAGUCCAAGUCGCAGCGAGUAGAAGAACACAGAGAGGCUGCGCGCCGAAGAAGAGCAGCAGAGGAGGAAGAGGAAUCUUCCGAAGAUGAAGACGAAGCAGAAAAACGAGUACGGUUACGACAAACCGAGCAGGAGGCUGAUCUGAAGCACGCCCAAGACCUCUUCGACAAUGUUGGUCUCGGACCGAAAUCACGCACCACGCCCAACAAAGCCACCAUAAUAGAAGAUAAAUCAAAUCCUGGCCAAGCCAUUGAUCUCUCCGCCCUUGCCAUUUUCAAGCCAGCAACAAAAUCGCAGUUCGAGGCCCUUACCACCACCCUCGUUCCUCUAUUGACCGCCGCAUCAAAUAAACCACACUACUCUCUCUGGCUGGCUGAUUUUGUCAAGAAAAUCGCAGCUGAUAUGCCGAGCACUGAAAUCAAGAAGGCUGCAAGUGUUCUGACGGCGUUGAGUAACGAGAAAUUGAAAGAGGAGAAGGCAAUGGAGAAGGGUGGCAAGAAGUCAAAGGCAGCCAAGAGUAAGAUCAGUCUUGCUGCAGGAAGGGAUGUAGGAAGAGGAGUGGCAGAUACGACAAGUUACGAAGACGAUCUGGCAGACGAUGACUUUAUGUGA